AUGGACGCGCUGAGCGACUUCCUGAAGAUGGCGGGCAGCAACAGCAAGCACGGCCAGGCCGCGGUCACAGAGACGAUCAAGAUGUGCCAGGCCAGCGAGAGCGACAAGGCCCGCAACGUACAGAACAGGAAAACAAACGAGGACGAGCAGCAGUUCUGGGAGGGACUCAGGGACUCGAAAGAAGAGACCAUGGCGAAGCUGGGCCAGUUCUCGGGCCACAGCUCAAGCAUGGCCAUGUUGAUGCUGAUAAUCUUCGCGGGGGGCAGGCAGUCUCAGCUGGCGGGCGCGCGUCUGAGUUCCUCCGCAGGCCUCUUCCACUUCGUUGGCCGCGACCCCGGCUCUGCCUCGCGCGCGCCCAGGUUCGCCGACAUUGCCGCCGAGUGCCCCGCCCGCGACGCGAGCGUGCUAGGCGGGGCCCAGCCGCGCAGCUUCGGCGAGUUCGUUGAGCCAGCUCGCCCGGGCUGCGAAGCCGCUCGCGAGGUCUUGCAGGCAGGUUUCACGCGGCGGGAGUUCAUUCGCAUUCUCAAUCAGAACGCGCCGGCGGUCACGGGGGAGUUCGAGGAGAUGGGUGGAGAGCCGGGCUCGGACGUGGCGCUGUCGUGCGAGAACAGAACCAAGCUGCUGAAAUCCCUGAGAAGCAUAGGCUCGUCGGCGCUGGAGGCCCGCCUGCUCUGGGGCGAGCUCGGCGCGGGGCGCAGCCGACGAGGCGAUGGAGAUCGGGGCGGGGGCGGCGCGGCAGCAAUUGGCAGCCGGGUCCACAGCAUAGGAUUAGGGGCCGGGAAGAGCGGCCGCAGGCGCGGCAAGCGGAGUGAGGCGGCGAUCGAGACAAGGCGCAGGGCACUCCAGUUCAAGCACGACCUGAGGGAAACUGGCGAGAAGCUCCGGGACCUCGCGCACAUCGAGGUUCGGCAGCAGUUCGAACUGCUGAGGCAGGAGUUCGCGGCGCAGAUGAGCCAGGCCGCCGACGAGAUGAGGAGGCUGGAGAGCGAGAAUCAUCGGCUUCAGCAGCAAGUGGCGGGAGGCCUCGCGGCAAUCCCGCAGGCGAUCGAGCGGAUGGGCGAGCAGAUCCGAGGCGCAUCGAGCAUGGGCACAGCCGCUCACGGUCUCGUCGACACGAAAGGGAUUGGCAAGCCCACGACGAUGGGCGACGACCAGGAGAAGUUCGGCGCCUGGAACCGCAAGAUGGAGAACUACGUGAUCGGCGUGUACGGGGAGAGUUUUCGUCCCGUUCUUCGGUGGGCUGCAGAAGCCGAACGCCCCGUGACGAUCGCAGGGGCUCAAGCGGCGCACGAUGGAGUGCCAGAGCUGGAGACAAAGGUCAACCAGCUGUACGCGGCGCUGAUCAGCACGACCGCGGACGGGAGCGAGAGCAACGACCUCGUGACUGGCGCUCCCGAUGGGAACGGUCUCGAAGCCUGGCGGAAGCUCCACCGCAGGUGGGAUCCGACGACAGGUCCGAGAAAGAGGCUGAUCCUGAGGUCGAUCAUCUCGCCUCCGAAGUGCAGCGCGGACGAGCUGGGAUCCGCCUUAGAGAAGUGGAUCCAGCAGAUAGGGAGGUACGAACGCCGCCAAGGAGAAGACGGUCUAGCCGAGCUGCCGGAGGAUAUCAAGAUGGCGGCUCUCGAGAUGCUCGUGCCUCAGGACAUCGAGAAUCACCUCGUCCUCAACAAGCAUCGGCUCGACACGUUCCAGGACAGUCUGAACGAGGUGAUGACGAUCGUGGAGGCUCGGACCGGCGUGGAGAUCAAGGAGCCGUCGAUUCGCGCGAGGGCUCAUCAUCCGGACGACAUGGACGUCGGGUCGUUCGGAGCCCCGAAGGGCAAAGGCAAAGGCAAGGGCAAGGACGGCAAGAGCAAAGGGAAAGGCAAGACUCAGGAUCCGAAGGGGAAGAGCAAAUCGACGAACGGAUCGUACUCAGCCGGUAGCCGCGGCGGCAAGGCCGGCGGCAAGGCUGCAGGCAGCCUGGAGGAGGAGCCUGAAGCGGAGGUCGCCGCUCUGGACAUGGGCAGCCUGGACUGCCUGGAGCUCGCCAGCGGCAGCGGCCGCGGCGUAGCGGCGGUCGAUCUCUCCCCCUUCGCGCAGGACGACUGGAUGAAGUUCAACUGGGACAGCGGUGCAGCUAUCUCAGCAUUCCCUCGGAGCUUCGCGCCGCCGACGGGAAUGAAGGGCAACGGCAGCACGUAUCGUACGGCCAGUGGUGAGCUCGUCCCGGACGAGGGCAGCUUGCAGCUCAAGGCGGAGGACGAGUACGGAGUGCUACGAGCGCUCAAGGGACGCGUGACGAACGUGCACAAGCCGUUGAUCUCGGUGGGGCAGGCAGCAGGAGCUGGACAGUGUUCAUUCCUGGGCCGCAAUGGCGGCUGGAUAUUCCACGAGAAGAGCCCAAUCGGCAAGCGCGUGGUAGGCAUGCUCGAGAAGGAGGCGAAGGCGGCGAAGCACCAGAUGCUGCCGGUCUAUCGCGAGCAGGGCGUCUACAACUUCUACCUCAAGAAGGGCCAACAUGGCUCGGUUGCUCCUCUCGAGGAGGGACUUUCGGCAAAGUCGAAGUCCGAGCUGGUGGAGCUCCUCAGCGGCAAGUCGAAGGAGGAGCUGCUGGAGAUCCUCGAGAAGACAGACGACGAGACAGCGGUGCCGGUGGUCUCGUCCGACUACGCCUUCAUGGGCCAGGACGACGCGGACACCAUGCCGAUGCUGGUCCUUAGGGAUCGGCGCUCGAAGAUGAUGGCGGCGACAUUCGUGGAGAAGAAGGGCGACGACGCCUACGCCAUCAAGUUCUUCGCACGCUUCUUGCGGAUCCUGGGCUACAGGAAGAUCGUCAACAAGUCCGACGGCGAGCCAGCGAUCCUGCUGGUCAAGAGGCGUGCGGUGGAGGAGGUUCCUGGCCUCGAGGCCAUUCCCCAGGAGUCGGCACCGGCCGAUCAUCAGGCCAAUGGGGAGAUUGAGGUCACGGUGCGCGAGAUCAAGAAGCAGGUGCGGGCGCUCAAGAUGGACCUGGAGUCCAAGCUGGGCGUCAAGGUGGAGGACAAGCACCCGGUGCUAGCGCACCUGCCGGAGCACGCCGCAUCGGUAAUCAACCGAUACCGGCGCGGCCAGGACGGCAAGACCGCUCUUCAGCGGCUCACGGGACGGCAGUGGAGGAAGCCGGUCCCGCUCUUCGGCGAACGCUUGAUGGCGCGGUUCGCCGGGGAGCGCGCGAGGAAGAACGCGCUGGAGGAGCAGAUGGUGGAGGCUCGCUACAUCGGCCACCACCCGCGCGACGGCUCGAUGAUGGUCAUCACGAGCGACGGCGUGAAGAAGGCGGUCGGCUUUCGCAGCCUGCCGCAGAGCGAGAAGUGGAUCACGGCGGGCUGGGAUGGCCUGAAGGGCCUGCCGUGGGACGUGGCUCCGCGUGCGGCAAGCGCGCCGCGGGCCAUCGUCGGACCUGGAGAGGUCGGUCCGCCACCAAUUGUGGUGGUGUCGCCGCAGCCGCAGGCGCCGAGGAGGAUGUACGUCCUCAAGGCGGACAUCGAGCGGCUGGGCGCAACGCCGGGAUGCCCAGGGUGCAUCUCGAUCGCUCGGCACGGCCGGGUGCUGGCUGGCCACGCGCACAACGCGGUGUGCAGCAAGAGGAUCUUCGAAGCGCUGGACGCGGAGGAGGCAGGCCAGAGUCCGACCAGCGGCAUCGGCCGCGGCAGGGACCCCUCCGCCGAAGACGGCUCGGAGGACCACCGAGUCGGCGGCAGCGGCGGCAGCGGCAUCGGCCGCGUCGGCCGCGACCCGCUCGGCAGCAGCGCCAGCCGUGGUAUCCACGGCGGAGCGAGCUCCAGUUCGGGAGCGGCGCGAGCGGCAGAGGCCGCCGCGGAUGUCGACAUGACCGCGGCCAGGUCGCGGCUGAAGCGCUUGGCAGAGGUGGCCCCGGAUGACGUGCCGGAGGCCCUCGAGCGCGGUGAUCCACAGCCGGCAGACGUGCCGGUACCGGUGGACAUGGAGGAUCUCGCGGCGCAGCCGGCGCCAGCGGAAGGACCUCAGCUGCCAGAUGGAGUGGCAGUCGUGUGGAACGCCAGUGAGGGGAGGCACAUGCGGGUGUUCAACCUCGAUGUGGCGUCGAUCGAGCUGGUUGAGCUCGGAGUGCUGACGAGAGCGAAAGCGGAAUUACUCCCGCUCGUUCGUGAACAGGUCAGUGGCCAUUGGGCCAGCGCCGGCGUGGACAUCGCCGACGAGGAGGUGGACAGCAUCGCCCUAUCGGCGUUGCAGCUGGGCGCCGUGGACGUGGCCGAGGUGCAUUCGCCGCAUCGGUUCUCGGCUCGGGCAGCGGAAUUUCAGCUGCGCCCGGGUUUCGCGGCGGACCUGGAGGAACUCAAGGAGGACGGGACGCCGUGGGACUUGCGGCGCCCCGAAGAUGUCAAGGAGCUCGAGAAGCAGCAGGAGCGGAUGGAUCCCAUCCUGCUCACGGGGUCCCCUCCAUGCGAGAAGUUCAGCUCGCUGAGGGUCCUGAGCGCCAAGUUCAGGACCGAGGAGCAGGAGGCGGCUGAGAUGGAGGAGGCCAGACACCACCUGAAGGUGGCAGUCGACGCCUACUGGCGUCAGCUCAGGAAGCCAGGUAGGUACUUCCUGCAUGAGCAUCCCUGGAGCGCGCGAUCGUGGAAUGAGGACAUCGUCAAGGAGCUGGUCGCGCAUCCAGGAGUCUUCACGGUCAAAGGCCCCAUGUGUCGGCGGGGCAUGAAGCUCACGAACCCCCGCAAUGGCCAGGAGGAGUUCGUGCGCAAGGAGACCGGAUGGGUCACCAACCAUCCAGGCCUAGCCCGGAGGCUGCAGGGCACUUGCAGCAAUGUGGACGGCCGCACGGAAUGGCACCGCCACGUCACGCUCGUGGGCGGCAUCGCGCGGUUCGCGAAGGUCUAUCCACCGAAGUUGGUGGAGGCGGUGCUGGAGGAGCUCAAGGACACGCUGAAGGACGUGGGAGAGCUCAGCACCGCCCAGGUGCAGCAGUCGGGCCCAGUCCCUGUGGAUGCGGCAGUGCCGCCCGGGGACUGGACGAGCUACUGGGACGACGUCAACGGCGGCUACCUGGAGGCGGGCCUUGUGGCCCAGGCUCGCGCGGUCGAGCGCGAGUGGGUCAAGAAGCAGGAGCUGAUCGAGAUCGUCCCGAGGUCUCAGGAGUCGCUUCGCAAGAAGGGCAGGAAGCCGGGCAACUUCAAGAUCGGCUUCUUCGACAUCAGCAGGGCGCACUUCUACGGGAAGGCGCAGCGGAGGAUCUUCGUGGAGCUGGAGGAGGAGAGUCGCAAGGAGUACGGCGAGGACAAGUGCGGCCUACUCCUCAAGUCCUGGUACGGCACGCAGGACGCCAGCAAGAUCUGGCAGGGCGACUACACGGAGCUGCUGGAGGAAAACGGCUACAAGGCGGGCGUGUCGUGCCCAGCGGUCUUCUACAAGGAGGUGGACGAGACGAGGCUGCUGGGGCACGGCGACGACUUCGCGGUGCUGGCUCAGCAGCAGGACAUCGACAGCUUCGAGGCCACGCUGGGCAAGAAGUACGAGUUCAAGAAGACUGCGAACCUAGGCUUCGACGAGGGCGAUGACAAGCAGGCGGUCUUCCUGAACCGGGUCAUCGAGGUCAGUGCGGGAGUUCCGCCCGGCGGUGGCCGGCCCUGCCGGCAUGCGAUGAUCGAGCCGGAUAAGCGGCACGCGGAGAUCGUGAUCGACGAGUUGGGUCUCAGCAAGGCCAAUGGCGUGGAUACGCCGAUGGAGAAGCGCAGCGCUGACAAGCAGAUGAUGGAUGCGAAGUCGGCGGCGUUGGGAGCAGCGGAGGCUUCGCGCUUCCGAUCCCUCACCAUGAGGGUGGCCUACCUGUCUCAGGACAGGCUGGACUUGGCUGAGGCAUCGAAGACACUCGCCAGGUCCAUGCAGACGCCAACGGAGGCGAGUUGGCUCAUGCUCAAGAGGGUUGGCCGCUACCUCAAGCGGCAUCCUAGCACGGUGACGGUUUUCACGGAGCAGAAGAUGUUCGACAAGAUCCGGAACAAUGUCGCGGACGUGCUGACCAAGAGCGUGGGUGGCUCCCUUUUGAGGAGACACAUGGCUACGCUGAACAUCUGGGAUCGGGCACCGAGUUCGACUCAGAAGGACAUCAAGUGA